AUGAACAACAACAACAGCAGCCAAACCACCCCAGCUCACACCAAUCAAGGUCAUCCAGAUAAUCAAAAUCAGCACGACUACUUUAAUCAAGAAGAUGAUUUCGAACACGACUAUUUUAGUCAAGAAGAUGAUUUCGAUCAGGAGUAUUUUAGCCACGACGAAGAUGAUUUCGAACAGCUCAACUACAAUCAUGAUGGAACCAAUGACUACCCUAAACCGUAUCCUAAAGUUAAGUAUCCUUUUGAUGGAAGCACUGAAAACCUUAAGUAUGGAAGAUCAGCACUUGAAAACAUGAAAACUGCAAUCAUGGAGAACAUUAAUCUGAAGCAAGCCCUUAGUAGUCUUGAUACCCUCAAGUUAGUCAAACCAUAUCUUAAAGACAACGCAUAUCAUUGGGCUAAAGAAUUUUUCACAAACCUUCACCACAGCCUUGUUGGAGAACACCAUCACUAUUCCAGAGUUAAAGUUAAUCAAUUAGGAGAAGUUGCAAAUACUGUUGUUAUAACAUUGAAGAAUGAAGAUACUGUUACUUUGCGUAAAUUCCUCCAAGCCAAUAAUGAAGCUAAAUCUUCUUACAUUUUUGAAGCGUUUACUAUUGCAUUUGAAGAGAAGUUUAAUGUCGUUUAUGAAUCAGCUAGAUUAAUUGAGAAAAUCCAAACUAUUCGUCAACGUGAACCACUUUUUGCCUACCGUCAAAGAUUUCUUGAAACUUAUAAGUAUUGUAAAGAAGCAAUGUCAGAAGCUACUGCAAUCCGUUAUUUUCUUGAUGGUAUGGAUAUCGAAUAUCGUAAAUAUUACACCAGAGACCGUGACAACUACAAAACCAUCAAGGAUCUUGACAAUUUAAUUGAAUAUCGUGAUAUUGAUGAUAGAUUAAGCAAACGUAACAAAAAUCAUAGUAUCCGCAAAGGCAGAAAAGCUUACAGCAAUAAUUAUCAUCCAUACUCAGGACAAGACCAUCAGCAACAAUCUCAAUCUCAGCCACAACAACAAUCUGAUCAACAACAAAAUUCUACCCGAACUCAAUCAUCAACACCUAUUUGUUACAAUUGUGGUCAACCAGGUCAUAUUGCUCCAAGAUGUAGGCAACAGCAGUUGAACCAUUAG